AUGUCAAACAAAUUCCUAAAGAUAGCUGCAAGUGUUAUUGCACCAUCGUUAACAGGAAUAUUCACUGCAUCUAUUAAUACCGGAAUAUUCCCGUAUGAAUGGAAGGCAAGCAGAGUAACGCCAGUAUUUAAGAGUGGCACAAGAAAUAACCCAGGCAACUAUCGGCCUAUAUCAAUUAUUCCAUGUGUUGCUAAAAUUUUUGAAAAAAUAAUUUUCGAUCAACUACAUGGGUAUCUUGAUUCAAAUAACUUGCUGAACACAUGCCAAUCUGGAUUUCGACCGUUUCAUAGUACCCUAACAGCGUUGCUAGAAGCCACAAGCGACUGA